AAUUGAAAGUGCUGCUGUCCAUCCCGUGACUACAACAGACAGUCACAGAUGAGGCAGUAACAGUGGCACUCACACUGACACUCACUCACUCACUCACUCACUCAUCAAUAGCUUGAUGUGUUUAUAAACAUAAACAUAAACACACACACACACACACACACAUUGAACAUCGAAGUUGAACCCCCCAGUUCAGAGUUCAGUUCAACUAGCCUAAAAUCCAGAGAUAUCUGUGGAAAUUAAUGGCUCUGUCUGUCAGUAAAUUCUCUGCAAUUUUAUGCACAGCCAUCUUGUUUGCUAAUUUACAUGCUCUGUGCAGGUCAUCGAGUGUGGUGCCAACGAUUUCAGCUUCUCCAUCGGUUUUACCAAAUGGAAAUCCACCCAGUAACAAUAUGUCGUCCUUCUUCCCUUCUCCAAGUGAUGAAGCUUCUAAUUCCUCAGAUGCAUUUGCACCAGUCCCGAGCUCUGGCCAGUUCGUUGGCAAAGUUUCAUCCGCCAACCCCAACUCCGACUGUCAGUGCGGUGCUCUAAUGUUUGGUGCCGGGCUUUCUACCUUGUUUCUCUUCAAAUUUGCCAAUGCUGCGUAACUACUCGAAUCUGUUGUAAUUAUGCCAGAGGUGUUAUUAGACUCAAUAAGCUCAGGUUUAGGAUGAGGAACGAACGUAUGGCUUGUAAUUUGCUGUUUCUGUACUUUUCAUGAUUCUAUGGAUCAUUUGGUUAGUUAUGCCAGAAAGAACGUCGAAGAACUGACGUGCAGUCCGUAUUAUCCAUAUUGUUGGGAAUGUUCAUGUUGUAUCGAUAUUGUUGAAUAUUUUGGAUAACACCGUGUUCGUACGUUAAAACUAACACGAUGACAUAUUGAACCGGCGUCAUUUGGGACUAACGGAUGACGGACAUAUCUGUCACAACAUUUGCAAUCAUUUCGUUGACUAAUGUGCGACUUUACAAGGGUGGCAGAAAAGCUUUCAUGUCAACCGCUCCAAAAGGAUCUCAUAUUUGCGACCAGUUUGUUUGCUCAGCGGGAAUCCAAAGCCACGAAAAUCCGCCGGGGGAAGAAUGAAUGAACGAAUGAAGAUUUCAAAAUCGAGUUUUUGUCUCGUGAGCAGACACCAAUAUUCGGUCACAGUUAACAACCCCAACCUCACAACCUGGUUCAACAAAUACGUCGACAAAAACGAUGUCGCCUCCUGGAACUCCGUCAUUGCCGACUUGGCCCGGAGCGGCGACUCCCUCGAAGCCCUCCGGGCAUUUUCGUCGAUGCGAAAGCUCUCCCUCAGACCAAACCGCUCCUCCUUCCCCUGCGCCAUCAAAUCCUGCUCCGCUUUGCUGGACCUUCACUCCGGCGAGCAAGCUCACCAGCAGGCGUUGGUCUUCGGCUUUGCGUCCGACCUCUUUGUCUCCUCUGCCCUCAUCGAUAUGUACUCCAGGUGCGGUCGAUUGACGGAUGCAUGGAAACUGUUCGAUACAAUUCCUUACAGAAAUGUGGUUUCUUGGACAUCCAUGAUCACCGGGUGUGUUCAAAACGACGCCGCCUGCCAAGCCUUGUCUCUGUUUAAAGAGUUGUUGAUCGAGGAAAUUGACAAUGAGGAUGUUUCUUUAGAUCCUGUUGUUCUGGUUUCUGUUCUGUCGGCUUGUUCUCGUGCAUCGAGUAAGGGACUUGCCCAAAGUGUUCAUGGGUUGGUGGUUAAAAGAGGUUUCGAUGGGGAUUUACGGGUAGGGAAUACUUUGAUGGAUGCAUAUGCCAAAUGCGGCGAGCUCGGUCUUGUUAGAAAGGUGUUUGAUGGAAUGUCUCAAAAGGAUUUGGUUUCUUGGAACUCCAUGAUUGCAACUUAUGCACAGAGUGGAUUAUCUUCCGAGGCAUGGCAAGUCUUCUACGGGAUGACAAAGGAUGGUGACAUCUGCUACAAUGCGGUGACAUUGUCUGCUUUGUUAUUAGCAUGUGCACAUGCUGGGCCUCUGCUAGUUGGGAAGUCCAUACAUGAUCAGGUUCUGAAAAAGGGCUUGGAAGAGAAUGUGAUAGUGUCUACCUCUAUUAUCGACAUGUACUGCAAAUGUGGUACAGUUGACUUGGCAAGAAAGGCAUUUGAUUGCAUGAAGGAGAAGAAUGUUAGGACAUGGACCGCCAUGAUUGCAGGUUAUGGAAUGCACGGCCGUGCCAAAGAAGCAUUGGAGGUCUUCUAUAAGAUGAUAAGAGAUGGUGUGAAACCAAAUUACAUAACAUUUGUGUCACUUCUAAAUGCUUGCAGCCAUGCUGGUCUAUUAGAAGAAGGUUGGUAUUGGUUUAAUAACAUGAGCCACAAAUACGGUGUAGAACCUGGAAUUGAGCACUAUGGGUGCAUGGUUGAUCUUCUUGGACGUUCUGGUGAUCUUAGCAAAGCUUAUGAUUUAAUAAAAGGAAUGAGGAUCCGGCCAGAUUGUGUAGUCUGGGGUUCAUUUCUUGGGGCUUGCAGGGUACACAAAAAUGUGACAUUUGCAGAGAUUUCUGCGAGGAAGCUGUUUGAGCUCGACCCUCAUAAUUGUGGGUACUACAUCUUGCUUUCAAACAUAUAUGCCGAUGCUGGGCGAUGGGAAGAUGUUGAGAGGAUGAGAAUACUGAUGAAGAAUCGUGGGUUGGUUAAACCUCCUGGAUUCAGUUUGGUUGAACUGAGAGGUAUUGUGCAUUUAUUUUUGGUUGGAGACAGAGAGCAUCCUCAGCAUGAGAAGAUUUACGAGUAUCUAGAAAACCUGACAAUCAAGCUGCAAGAGGUUGGCUAUGCACCCAAUAUCAGUUCAGUUCUUCAUGAUGUUGAUGAGGAAGAGAAGGAAAUGGUCCUAAGAGUACAUAGUGAGAAGCUGGCUGUUGCCUUCGGAAUCAUGAAUUCUGUACCUGGUGUAACGAUUCAGAUAAUCAAGAAUCUCCGAGUUUGCGCCGAUUGUCAUACUGUUAUUAAGUUGAUUACAAAGGUUGUUGAUCGGGAAAUUGUGGUCAGAGAUUCAAAGCGGUUUCAUCACUUCAGGGAUGGGUUGUGUUCUUGUGGAGAUUAUUGGUGAUGGCUCUGUAAGAAGAUGGCGAUUGGUAAGCAAAUUUGGCUCGAAGGUGUUGAGCAAUAUAUAGCAUGUAAUGGCUGUAUAUGAAUGUUAUGACUAACAUUCAUAUAAUCAGUUUUGGGGAGACUGAACGCCACUUCUGAUAAGAUUGUGUCUGAUUAACAGAAGACUGAGUAAAUUAUAGAUCAGCCUUGACCAGGAUUCUGGUCAAAAAACAGAACCACAAAUCACUACUCUACCAAUGGGAUACUUGUCAUGCUCAAAAAGAUGAUGGCUUACUAAGGUGAUGAAGGUUUCCAAGUUCCGGAAUCUACCUCUCAACGGGCUCCCUCAUUUUUCACUCUCAUAUUCGACCGACCACAUGAUUCUGAGUAGUAGAAUGAGGAUAGGAAUCAAAGCCUAUAAUCGAGCAUCUUCAGACAUUCGACAAUUCCUUUGCUGUUUCCGGUGUUGCUAAUGUUUUUGGAUUUGUUUAGUGAACCAGAACUUCAGCAUUAUGCAUUGGGGAUUCGCAAGUGAAUUCGUGAGCUAUGGCGUGGAGAUGAAAAGCUAGUGGAACAACCAGACCAUAUGUUUCAUCGACUCUGUAUCCACAUGUAGCCUUGAUCGUUCAGUUCUUCAAAUAACGCUCGAUUUGCAUUUCAUUUUUCAACUCUUCAUAUGUUUCAUUUUGAUUUCUGCGGGCUGUGGACAUAUUUUUCAGAAAAAGUGCGUAUAUAUAAUGGAAGGUAGUGAAAUUUACCGGGAAGGAAAAUAACUAAUGAUAUUUCUUUUCUAAA